AGAGGGGCUGGACUCACGCUUUCCAGAGCGCCUGCAACUAAUCCAGUUCAUUCUACCGAUCAAUUCACCUGGACGCCUGACGAAUGUUCACAAACGUGCAGACUUUGUUUUUAUUUUAAAACACUCUACAAAAUACUUCUGAGGAAUGUGGCGGAACUGAACGAACAACCAUACUUGUUCUUUUUUGUUAUUGCGAAGCGAGUAACAAUAUCUCAAAACAUUUGAAAAAGAAACCAUGGCAACGGGCGGAUUUAAAUCCAACAGCUCGACGGACUUUCUGGAGGAAUGGAAAGCGAAGCGCGAGAAGAUGAGGGCGAAGAUGCUCGGGGACAUCGCCGCCGCUACCGGUGUCUGCACGUCUGUCGCGAACCCCGCCAAAAACACCGAGUUAAACAAUAACGGCAGCUCCUCGUCCUCCUAUCCCGUGGCCCGGUCCUCAUCUCUGAGGCGGCUGGAGGACGAGCCGAAGCCACCCGAGUCGCCCGGGGGAAACUUGAAGAAGACGCCGGAGAAAGUGAGCGCCGUCCCGUACACGGAGAGUUCGAGCCCCGCUGGUGUGGAUGACAGUGAUAAAGAGAGUCCCACUCACAGCAAGAGCAAAGAGAAGAAGAGCUCAGGACCCAGUGCCAGAAAGGGCAAAGGACAGAUAGAGAAGAGGAAGUUAAGAGAGAAGAGGAGGUCAACAGGUGUAGUCAGCAUACCGUCCAAUGAGAGCUUGGAUGAGCUAGAUGAUGAUGAUGGUGGUGAGGAGAAAGAGAGGAAGACAGAAGAAACUCUUACACAGCACAACACAGUCCAGAAUGAAGCAGUGAGCCCUGAUCCUGGAGCAGCCCACUCAAUACAGGACACUCCGAGAUCCAGGUCUCUUAAAAGUGAUGAGGAUGGAGGAGGAAAUAGACAUCGUCAGCGACAUGGAAGGGAAGUCAGUGCCGGCGUCCCUGUAGCACUGGAGAGGAGGAUAGAGGAUCUAGAAAGGGAGCUAGCCUUGGAGAGACAGGAGAAUGCUCGCCUGUUGAAAGCCUAUCAGGACAAGGACGACCUGAUCGUUAAGCUGAAAGAGGAGAUCGACCUGCUAAACAGGGAUCUGGAUGACAUUGAAGAUGAGAACGAGCAGCUGAAACAGGAGAAUAAGACCUUGCUCAAAGUGGUUGGUCAACUCACAAGGUAGAGCCAAGUGACCUAAAGAUCACUAAUGGAGUCUAAAGGUCUUGCUGUCGCACCCUGACAGGUUUAACUGAAGAACACGACAGCCUUGCAGCUCCAUCCUUUAUACUAUCUGCUCUGUCUGUCCAUGUUGUUGUCGCUCUCUGGAAGAGGAUCUUUGUGUGUUGUCAUGAGGCUUCAAGAAUCUGGAGAACCGCAAGAUCUCAGCCACACGACAGUGUUAGUUGAGACCUCCUCCUAUUAUUAAGGGUUGUAAUGAGGAAGUAAUAUUCUAUUUAAUGUAAAUGUGUAUGUACAUAGGCUAUGCUGACUGUUGUUUUAAGGCUUGCAAAAAAGCAGCAUAAUAGACGAAAUGCAAUUGAAUGUACGUGGUGCGGCACCAAAUUAAGAGGUGUUUUGUUCAUGUUUUUCUUCUAGCUUCAAGGGUUUUGACAUUCAAAUUGCAAUAAUUUUACCAACUUGGCAACAUGAACCUCUUCAGCAUAUAAUGCAGGUUAAACGUGCGAUCAUUUUUUGUCACAUGUUUCCAAAGGAUUGCUUUCAUGACAAAAAGAAAAAAAUUAUAUAAAAAUGUGCUUGUUAGGUGAUGACCCAAAAUAGGAGUUUAUUGGCUUAUUUUACCUGGGUAACUAAUGAUAGUCCAUGGCAGUUGGUACCUUGUUUAAAGGGAUAGUUCACCCAAAAAUGUAAAUAUUGUCAUUAACUCACUCUCAUGGUGUUCCCAAAUUGUGUGACUGACUGACUUCCAUGGAAACACAAAAGGAAAUGUUAGGCUGAAUGUUAGCCUCAGUCACCAUUCACUUUCAUUGUAUGGAAUAAAAGAUGCAAUCAAGUGAAUGGUGACUGAGGCUAACAUUCUGUCUAACAUUUUCUUUUGUGUUCCACAGAAGAAAGUAUGCCACAGUUUUGGACCAGCAUGAGGGUGAGUAAAUUCAAAGUUUUGUGUGAAUUAUCCCUUUAAUUUUAUCCCAUCCGGAAUCUUUCAUAGUCAUUUCAACCUUAGUUUUUUCCAAGAGAAUGACACAAUGAUUAAGUCUCCAGCUUGAAGCUUCUAAGAUGUCUUGUUUAUAGUGAUUAUUAUCAUUGAUUUAUCAUCUGAUUUUUACAUUUGACACAAUUCAAAUGUUUACAAGUUGUUUUUGUGGUAUCAAUAGGUGUUGCUACUCAUUAUGCACAGUUAGUAAGAUUAAUAGCUUAGGCUACUGCAGCACAUUUUUAAUUAACCAAAUCAAAUGGCGGAGAUAUUAUUAAAUGUGUUCAUAGCCAAUAAAGACAGCAAUGUGACAUUUCUGUAAAUUGCAAAUGUUUGGUCACCACUUUGGGGUUCAUAUCUACACUGAUGCUAAUCAGUGCUUAUGACAUGUAUUCUGUAAAGUAUUUGGAGGGUGUAAUUUGUUUUUAGACUGUAUCGAGGUGGGAUAUUUCUGUGUCCCAUCACUUUGCUUAAUGCAUGAACAGAAGAUUGAAUUAAAGUUUGAAUAAAAAUCUCUCAUGAUCACAAA